GGCACGGUCCGCUCGACGGGCAGCAGCUCGGGCGUGAGCACGGCCGCUGAGAGCUCCUCCGGCGGCGAUGCCAGUCCGGCGGCCCGCCACCGGCCGCCGCCCCCCUCGGACGGCGACGAGCACGAGGAAGAGCCGCCCGCCGGGAAGAGCCGCCGCCCUGCCGCGGAGACGGGAGGAAUAGACAACGUCGGUGGGACACUGUGCGAGGACGAGAUGGUCGUGCCGAGGGCGCGCUCAGUCGGGGACCGGUACUCCGACGACGGCAUCGGUGAACCGGUCGGUGCACCUGGGUCACCAGGGCAGCCAGAAGGUGCGACGCGACGGGCUGCCCCUGCUCGCCUGGGAGCCGUACUUCUGCGUCCUGCUGCAGGACGAACAGACGCUCACCGCCUACCGCAGCGAGGAGAUGGCGAUAUUCCCGCUGACGCCGCGCCGCCCCCGGACGAGGAAGAUUGGCGACUCGCUGUUCCUGGACCUGCCGCGCGUCCGGCUGGACGGCGGCGGCAAGGCCUUUCGCAAGCAGUGGGGCUACGACAUGGCGCCGCCGCCCACCCUGCUGGAGGAGGAGGAGGACGAGGACGCCGAGGAGGACGACGUCAGCGAAACGCACUCACUCCGGGAGGACGUCUACUCGCGGCAGUCGGCGCUAGACUCGUCGUACGAGAAGGCGGUGGGCCUGGCCGGACGCGGCUCGGCUCCGGGGACGCCCGUGCUGGGGCAGCGCGCCGGCCCCGAGUCCGGCUCCUCGCGCUUCACGAACUUCUUCUCCAAGCGGUCGUUCAAGGGAAACCCGCUGAAGCGGACCAAGUCGGUGACGAAGUUGGAGCGGAAGCGGUGCCUUGUGGACGCUGACGGGCCUGCGCCGUCCCGGCUGCGCUCGUCGCGCUCGCACGAGUCGCUCCUCUCGGGCCACAGCAUGGUGUCGUCCACGGAGCUGGGUGCCGGCGACGUCACCAUCAAGCCGCUGCACAGCUCGAUCCUGGGCCAGGAGCACUGCAUCCAGAUCAGCUCGCCGAGUGGCACCCGUUUCUACAGCUGUCGCAGCGCCGAGGAGCGCGACCGCUGGAUCCACAGUUUGCGACGCACUGUGCAGCCGAACCGGGAGCAGAUGCGACGCAUCGACAACUCGCUCAAGAUCUGGCUGCUCGAGGCCAAGACGGUGACGGCCAAGAAACGGUACUUCUGCGAGCUGUGCCUGGACAAUACGCUGUACGCGCGCACCUCCAGCAAGGCCAAGACCGAGCUCUGCUUCUGGGGCGAGCAGUUCGAGUUCAACAGCCUACCCACCGUCGAGAGCAUCCAAGUGAACCUCUACCGCGAGCCCGACAAGAAGAGGAAAAAGGACAAGAACGUGCUCGUUGGCACGGUUGAGAUCCCCGUCAGCUCGGUCAACUCCAAGUUCUUCGUGGAGAAGUGGUACCCGGUGACCCUGGAGAAGGGCAGCAGCAACAAGCACCCGCCCAGUCUGCGCAUCAAGUGCAGGUUCCAGGCGGUCGACAUCCUGCCGUUGCACGUGUACAGCGAGUUCUUGCACUACGUCACGUCACGGUACGCGCAGCUGUGCGAGAUCUUGGAGCCGCUGGUCGGCGUCAAGAGCAAGGAGGACAUCGCCACCACGCUGGUGCACAUCAUGCAGCGGGAGGGCCUGGCCAAGCACCUGCUGGCCGACCUCGUCUGCAUGGACGUCACGCGCAUAGACGACGAGCGCCUGACCUUCCGCGGCAACUCGCUGGCCACCAAGGCGACCGAGUCGUUCAUGAAGCUGGUCGGCGACCGGUACCUGAACGACACGCUGGGCGAGCCGGUGCGCCGCCUGCUGGAGGCCGGCUCCGACCUCGAGAUCGACCCGCUCAAGAUCAGCAGUCCGGGCGUGCUGCACAAGCAGCGGCUCAGCCUGCGCGCGUUCGUCGAGGAGAUCUGGGCCAGCAUCCUGGCGUCUUACACCAACUUCCCGCCGGAGCUGCGCGAAUGCUUCCACUUGAUCUGCGAGCGGCUACGGGAGGCAGGCAAGGCCGAACAGCAGGACAACGUCAUCUCCUCCUGCAUCUUCCUCCGCUUCUUCUGCCCGGCUAUCCUCAGUCCGAGCCUCUUCAGCCUCACGCAAGAGUACCCGAACGAGAAGGCGGUCCGGAACCUCACCCUGGUGGCCAAGACGCUGCAGACGCUGGCCAACUUCACCCAGUUCCAGGGCAAGGAGAACUACAUGGAGUUCCUCAACGAGUUCGUCGUGAAGGAGACGCAUACGAUGCGCACGUUCCUGCGCAAAAUCUCGAGCCCGGCGGGGCGGGAUGCGCGCCAGCAGGAGUGGGACGGCUACGUGGACCUGGGCAAGCAGCUGUCGGUGCUGCACGGCCUCCUGCGCGAGUGCGCCGUCAAGGUGACAAACCCGGCGCACCUGGCCGAGCGCCAGCGGCUGGAGACGGUGCUGGCCACGGUGACGGCGGCGCACAGCCAGCCCAACGUGGGCCUGGUGUACCAGCAGCCGCCGCCGCCGCCGUCGGCCGCGCUCGCGCCGCCACCGAACUAUCUCAGCCUGCAGCGCAACAUAUUCCGGUUCAACGACCGCACGUCGUGUGACCGUGAGCCAGCGGGCGCCGUAGAGCCGCCGCCUCCGCCACCGCCGCCGCCUCCGCCUCCGCCGCCACCGUCGGCCGCGCUGGCGCCGGAGAAAGCCUCUACGCUGCCGCGCAACGCCUACCUGCCGGGCAGCUCGAAGCGGGCGGCGCCCAACCUCAACACCAGCGACGACUACGUGCUGUUCAGCGCUCUGAAACCGGGCCGGCCGGGCCAUCACCAGCACUUCCACCACCACGCCGGCCAGUACGGGCCGGCCGGGCUGGCCGGCAGUCCGGCGGCGGCGGCGGCGCGCCGCCGCGGACCGCGCGCCGACGACGAGGCCAACGAUCACUCGGCCGGGGAGCUGGAGCACAACGUCAAGGGCUCGCAGAUCUCCAUCUCGCAGCUGUCGAAUGUGGCCUCCAGCGGCUACCAGAGCUUCGCCUACAGCCAGAGCUCGAGUCCCGUGGACCCGGCCAUCAGCAGCUCGCAGCAGCAGCAGCACCACCACCAACAGCAGCACGCCCCGCUGGCCUUCAACAAUCCCAUGUACCAGCUGAACAGCGGCAAGCCGCGGGUCACCAGGCCGGCCCAGUACUCGCCCAGCACGUCCGUCAGCUCGGCGCACAGCAUGGAGGAUGUGCAGCUGGUGAUGGCGCCCUCGGUGCCGGCGGCUGCCGGCCGCGCGCCGCCGCGCUCCUCCAGCAGCUCGCCCUCGCCGCCGCGCGAGCGCCGUCAUGCGGCCGCGCCGCGAACCAACCCGCGCGCCGCGCCGCCCCCGCGGCAGCAGCAGCGCGGCAGCGACAGCGAGAGCAGCGACGAAGUGCGGCCGGGUCGUGACAGCCGACUCAAGAGCAAGGCGCGGCGCAGCCGGCCGCCCGACAAGUCGUUUGAGGAGUACGAAGACGAGAUCCGCCAGCUGCACGUGCAGAUGGAGCAGCUGCACAGCCGGCUGAACGAGGAGCCGAGGACAGCGACGCCGCCGGCCGCCGCGCACAUCUGCCAGCCCUCUCCCGUACAAAUCACCGAGAUACUCAACAGGCGGCUGACCUCUGUGUGA